CCCUAAACCCAGGAGAGAAACCACCCCAGAAGAAGAGAAGGUGGAGCUUUCGUCAGUGCCCAACCGAACCAGAUGAGAAGCAGGAGGCUGCUCCCCAAUCUCCUCCCGCGCCUGCCCAAACCCACCGAUCUGUCCGCCCAAAUCCGCCAACGAUCCAACCUUUCUACCAAAUCCUGUCAUGAUGCUACGGAAUCCUCCUCCGCCGCUGCCGACCCGGCGCGCGCGGUGUCGCUCCUGGCCGAGAGGAACUGGUUCGAGCGGAUCAACUCGGAGUUCGCCGGCUCCCUUCGGCAGCUGGGCCCGCGCUUCGUCGUCCGCGCGCUGCAGCACGCCGCCGCGGAGCCGCUCCUCUGCGUGCGCCUCUACGUCUGGGCGUCGCGGUUCGGUCAGCACUUCGCGCGGGACCGGUGCGUCCGGCGCGCGCUAGGGGACGCGCUGUGGUGGCGCGGGCCCGUGGUGCUCUCCGUGGCGCUGGUCGCCGAGGUGCAGGGGUGCGGAUGCGUGGUCUCUGAGGAGCUGCUGUGCGCGCUGGUGGCGAGCUGGGGCAGGCUCGGUCUGGCGCACUACGCGCAUGAGGUGUUCGUGCAAAUGCCGCGCCUGGGGCUGCGGCCCAGCACGCUGGUCUACAACGCGGUGAUUGCGGCCUCCGUGCGCGCGGGCGCGGUCGACGCCGCUUACCUAAGGUUCCAGCAAAUGCCCGCGGACGGGUGCCGCCCGGACUGUUUCACAUACAACGCACUCGUGCAUGGUGUCUGCCGGUGUGGGAUCGUCGAUGAGGCGCUAAGGCUAGUAAAGCAGAUGGAGGGCGCGGGGAUCAAGCCAAAUGUUUUCACCUACACAAUGCUGGUCGAUGGUUUCUGCAAUGCUGGCAGGGUGGAGGAUGCAGUUGGUGUGUUGGAGAAGAUGAAGGAGAAGGGUGUAGCACCGACAGAGGCCACGUUCAGAGCGCUGGUUCAUGGUGUGUUCCGUUCCCUGGGUGCAGACAAGGCACACAGGAUAUUGAGUGAGUGGCUUGAGAGUCAUCCUGCUAUGCAUCAUCGAAAUGCUUUUGACACUUUGCUGUAUUGCCUCUCGAAGAACAACAUGGCCAAAGAGGCAGUUGAGCUUGUGGAUAAGAUGAGCAAUAGGGGCUAUCUCCUUGGCAACACAACGUUUGGCAUUGUGAUCUCUUGUGCUGUGAAACACUUGGUGUUUAGCCAUGUAUGCCAGUUGGUAGAUGAUUUCAUCGAGAAAGGUGGGAAGCUGGGAUUUGAUGUAUAUAUUCUGAUCAUCAAGUCCUUGCUGAGCUCCAAGGACAUCUCAAAGGUGCAUGAGUAUUUAAGUCAAAUGGUUUUGUAUAGGCUUUUUUCUAGUGUGACAUCCUACAACAUGGUGAUAAAUUGCCUCUCUAAGGCUGGUGAAAUGGAAAUGGCAAUGGAGAUUGUCAAAGUGAUGCGAGAGUCGGGAUUCCUUCCUAAUCUCGUGACUUUUAACACGCUCAUAAGUGGAUAUUCGAAAUUAGGUAAUGUACAUGGUGCGAAGGCUGUUUUGAAGAUGCUUACGAAACUUGGAUUUAUGCCAGAUAUCAUUACUUUUACCUCCCUUAUUGACGGGCUAUGUCACGCCCAUCAGCUGGAUGAUGCCUUUGAUUGCUUCAGUGAGAUGCUGAAGUGGGGUGUUAGGCCGAAUGUCCAGACUUACAAUGUUCUAAUACGUGCAUUUUGUUCAGCAGGGCAUGUUAACAAGGCCAUCCAUCUUCUUAAUCAAAUGAAAAUGGAUGGCAUUUCUCCAGAUGCAUAUUCCUUCAAUGCACCUAUUUUGAGUUUCUGCAGGAUGAGAAAAAUAGAUAAAGCUCACAAACUUUUCACUGCCAUGUUAAGAUAUGGUGUUGCGCCAGACAGUUACACAUACAAUACCCUGAUAAAAGCUCUAUGUGAUGAAAGAAGAGUUGAUGAAGCUAAGGAAAUUCUUCUUGCGAUGGAGUCAAGUUCCUGCAUUGCUGCUAAUCAACAUAUGUAUUGGCCAGUUGUUGGCGCACUUACUAAAAUGGGCCAUUUCAAUGAGGCAGGAGAGUUCAUGAAUAAGUUCCAUAGAAGAAAUGCACACUUAGGCUCCAGUGCUUAUUUGAGGGCAGGGUCAGAAAUUUUGGUUCAGACUGUCAAUGUGUGAAUUAUGAUUUAUCAGCUGCAUGCUAUUUGAUACAUGAAUGCUGUCCUGCACUGAAAGUGCAGAGUAUACCCAUCUUUGCUAAGGUACAGGUACUGUACAGAAAUUUUAAUAUUACUACUUGCUUCACAUGGUUUCUUUCGGUUAUGCUUAGUUCCUCCAGCCUUUCCCUACUGAUCAAUAAAAUGGUGACAGUGGCCUUUCAUUUUCAUUGGAAGUGUUGAUUCCAAGAGAAGCGUCUGGACCUUCUCAAUGCCUUGAAAAAUUGGGCUCAUCGGCACAUCUGCAUUUUAAAUAUUCUGCAGAUUGCAGUUUUCCCUUAGAAAACCUGUUCAGGACAAUGUGGGCAGCCAACCUCUGUAAGAUGCCACGCUUAGGCUAAACAGGCAGCAUCUUGCAAAUGCAAUAACGAAGGAGCUCUCCUUUGCUGAGGACAGGUGCUUUGGAGUUCUUUGCCUAUCAAAUGGUUCAGAGUUGAGACUGCAUCCACAGGGAGUUGUUCGCCGUCAGUGGUGCAAUAUCUUCUUUACAAUGGCAACCAAAUGGUGUAAGUAGUGUAGAAAGUGUACUCCCCCAAGGCAAAUCAUUAUGCUCGGAUCUCUACGCCUACGAGAUUUUUGGCCCAUCGGCAUGGCUGGUAGCAUUUGGAGAAUGGAUUUGUGCUUUCCCUUCGAAAAACAAUCUUUGAAACUUGGCGUCUUUGGCGAUUUUUUUUCCAGGAAUAUAGCAGGUGCUCUGCUUUUGCAUUGUAGAAGAAAGCAAAGUAUGUACAAGAGGUAACAAAACAAAAGGAAGAUUAUAUGACAGUAAUUGCAGACCAAUCAA